AUGGUCUUCGAUCUAAUACACCCCGCCCCGCUCACGGAGCACAAGCGGUCCCGCGACGGCUGCAUCUACCUGUACCGGGCCAUGAAGUUCAUUGGCUGGCUGCCGCCGAAGUCGGGGAUUCUACGCUACAUCUACCUUUUCUGGACGCUGAUGACGUUCAUGUGGUCGACCACAUAUCUGCCGCUUGGCUUUCUGGGCAGCUACAUGACCCAGAUCAAGUCCUUCUCGCCCGGCGAGUUUCUCACCUCGCUGCAGGUGUGCUUCAACGCGUACGGCUCCUCGGUUAAGGUGGCCAUCACCUACUCGAUGCUCUGGCGACUGAUCAAGGCCAAGGACCUGUUGGACCAGCUGGACCUGCGCUGCACAACCCUGGAGGAGCGCGAGAAGAUCCACCGCGUGGUGGCGCGCAGCAACCAUGCGUUCCUCAUUUUCACGUUCGUCUACUGCGGCUACGCCGGCUCCACCUAUCUCAGCUCGGUGCUAAGCGGCCGGCCGCCCUGGCAGCUGUACAACCCGUUCAUCGACUGGCGCGAGGGCACGCUCAAGCUCUGGGUGGCCUCCACGCUCGAGUAUCUGGUGAUGUCGGGCGCAGUGCUGCAGGACCAGCUCUCGGACACGUAUCCGCUGAUCUACACCCUCAUCCUGCGCGCCCACCUGGACAUGCUGAGGGAGCGCAUCCGGCGGCUGCGGUCCGACGAGAGCCUGAGCGAGGCAGAGAGCUACGAGGAGCUGGUCAAGUGCGUCUUGGACCACAAGGUGAUUGUGAGGUACUGUGCGAUUAUCAGGCCGGUCAUCUCGUGGACCAUCUUUACACAGUUUCUGCUCUGCGGCCUGGUGCUAGGCCUGACGCUGAUCAACGUGUUCUUCUUCUCCGACCUCUGGACGGGCAUCGCCUCUUUCAUGUUCGUCAUAACGAUUCUGCUGCAGACAUUUCCCCUUUGCUACACCUGCAACCUCAUCAUGGAGGACUGCGAGUCCCUGACCCACGCCAUAUUCCAGUCCAACUGGGUGGACGCCAGUCGCCGCUACAAGACCACACUGCUGUAUUUCCUGCAAAACGUGCAGCAGCCCAUCGUGUUUAUUGCCGGAGGCAUCUUUCAGAUUUCCAUGAGCAGCAACAUAAGUGUAGCAAAGUUUGCCUUCUCCGUGAUAACAAUAACCAAGCAAAUGAAUAUAGCCGACAAGUUUAAGACAGAAUAAGCUAACGGGCGUGUUUUCGUUCUCUAUUUCCUAUUUGACGAUAUUCCUCAUAACGCUCUUCCCUUUUUCACGGCUCCCAGAGCCCACCUUUUUUAUUCCUUACCUGUUUAACGGAGUUUCUUUUUCUUAAUAACCUUGUUAAUUCAAGAAAACCCCUACACUUUUGCUUCUUAAAAAAU